CCCUUCUGAUUUCGUCCUCUCUUUUUGUAAUUUUCUGCUAUGAGUAAUUGCUUGGAGCCGCCAUCUUCUGUUCCACCUUCUCUAUUUUUCUCAUUUAAACAAUUGAUAAUAUGCCAACAACAUGAGAACCAAUUCAUCUCAGUGUCCUUCUAUUUCUACUGUUCAAAGUUGCUCUGUUAGCUCCUCAAAGCUGUCGAACCAAUGAGGCAAAAGGAAGACAAAAUGUUUCUUCUCCUUCAACAAAUGUUUCUUCUUCCCUUCCUCCCUGUUCUCUUCUUCACUUUCUCAUCGCUGCUGCCUUCUUUCGCUGAUGCAACCUACAAGCAAUACUCGGAUUGUGCUCCGACUCCCUUCACCUGCGGAGACUUGUCGAUCAAUGUGUCCUAUCCUUUUCUUAUACAUGGCCGUCCCGACUAUUGUGGCCACCCAGGUUAUAACCUCACUUGCGACGACAAGUUCAUCAUGAUCCAAAUAGACAACAUAGAGUACCAAGUGAAGGGCGUCGACUACUCGAACGAAUCCAUCUGGCUUUCAGUUUCAGAAGCCAACCUCUUGGACCAUGUUUGCUCGAAUUCGUUUUUUAUUGGCGAUUCUCCCUUCGCUGGCUCAUCUUUCAAAAUUAGUGCGGUCAACAAGAAACUUCUCAUCCGCAAUUGCUCGAGAGAGCAGGACGGUUCCUUCAGAUUACCUUGCGAUCCUAGGAACAUUUAUGUUGCUUAUAUCGGCGACGAUUACUUCAAGCCAGACCCCCCGAUAUCAGGGGAUUGUCAGACCACGAAAUUACCAGUCUCGGGGUAUGCAGGAGCAGAAAGCCGGGAUUAUGAGAAACUUCUGGGGUAUGGAUAUCUGUUGGAUUGGGAUGCACCGAAUUGCACGGCCUGCAGAGCAAGCAAAGGCCAGUGUGGAUAUGAUCGAAGCAACAACAGCUUCAUGUGUAUUUGCCCCGACCGGCGCCAUCGUACAAGAUGCUUUAGCAGCAAAAGUAGCAAGAAGAGGAUUAUAAUAGGUUCAGCAGCAGUUACUGGUGGUCUCCUUCUGGCAUGCCUUCUAUCCUUUCUCUAUUUAUACCAGCAUGAAAAACUUCCCAACUCAAUCUUCUUUUGGAGGAGAAAAUCAGAUAAUUCACAGCAUAUUAAAGCUUUUCUGGAGAGAUAUGGAUCCCUUGCUCCAAAAAAAUACAGGUAUAAAGAUGUGAAAAGGAUCACCAGAAAAUUUCAUGAAAAAUUAGGACAAGGUGGUUAUGGCACUGUAUUCAAAGGAAGUCUCAUGGAUGGUCGUUUGGUUGCUGUAAAGAUCUUAUCCGACUCCAAGGGUGAUGGAGAGGAAUUUAUCAAUGAGGUUGCAAGCAUAGGUAGGACCUCUCAUGUGAACAUUGUUAGUCUGCUGGGCUUUAGUUCAGAGGGGUCCAAAAGAGCUCUUAUUUAUGAAUACAUGCCUAAUGGGUCCCUAGAUAAGUACAUAUACUCAGAGAAAUCAAUUCUUGGAUUGGAGAUAUUAUACCAAAUAGCAAUUGGCGUAGCCCAAGGUUUAGAAUACCUUCAUCGUGGGUGCAACACACGUAUAGUACAUUUUGAUAUUAAACCUCACAAUAUCCUCUUAGACCAGGAAUUUUGUCCGAAGAUAUCUGAUUUUGGGUUGGCUAAGUUAUGCCCACCAAAAAUUAGUAUACUUUCCAUGGCAGAUCCUAGAGGAACGAUCGGCUUUAUUGCCCCAGAAGUCUUCUCAAGGAAUUUUGGGGUUGUCUCCAGUAAAUCAGAUGUAUAUAGCUAUGGAAUGAUGGUAUUGGAAAUGGUUGGUGGAAGAAAGAACCUAGAUGUUGGAGCUGGGAAAACUAGUGAAAUUUAUUUUCCACAUUGGAUUUAUAAGCAUAUUGAGCGAGAUGGAAAUUUGCAAGCUUACGGUGUAACAGCAGAAACUGAAGAAAUUGCAAGAAAGAUGAUAUUAGUUGGACUAUGGUGCAUACAAACACAGCCAGAAAGUCGACCUUCAAUGAGCAAAGUGGUAGAUAUGUUGCAGGGAAGCCUAAGUGACUUACAAGUGCCCCCAGAUCCGGUUCUAUCUUCUCCUCAAGGAUCACUGAUUGAUUCUUCAGCAGAAACAACUCACUGAAUUUUUUGAUACCCGUGGGAAGUAUGAAUUUUCUUUUGGUGUAGUAAACAACAUAUGAUUAAACUGACAACCAAAAAAUAUGGAAGCUUAACUGAAAUCAUUUACUUUUAUACUUUUACAGAUGAUUUAUGUACAUGCUUCCUUCAACUGUCAUUCUUACAGCAAUUAAGCAUUGCAUUCUCUCUGUGUUUUCUCAAAAAAUAACUCUCUGCAUGUGGGUCUGCAGACUUUAAACAACAAGCCAGUAAUGCAAAUUGAUUGACAAAACAAGCAAGGAUUACUAGGUCAUGCAUAGAUGAUGGUGAAAGAAUGUAUUUUGCUGUAGAACGUGAUCUUUGUAUGUUGCCAGGUGUUUAGCUACUGACAGAGAUGAGAGAAGAUAUUUUUCUGCUAGAGGCCGUUGCACCAAUUAAGUUUUCCUUUUCUUUUCUUUCUUUUCCCAUUCAACAGACAUUUAGGCUACAUGCCAGUGAUCAUAUAGCAAGUGCCAAUUGCUUGUUCAUGUCUUCAAAUGUAUAUGAUCAAUUACUGUUCCUUUC